AUGAAUUUAUCCGAAUGGGAAGGCGGCACAUUACAGCAUUGGAUUGGAGGAUCAGCUUUCCUUGGAGGAGCGUGCCUAGAGUGGAAGGUGGGAAUAUCUGAAGAAAGAGUUGGCAGUUAUUAUGGCGUGUACGUCCUUGCACAUGAGAUUGCACACAGUCUUGGCUGUGCCCACGACGGCGACGGUGCUUACGAUUGGCCGCCUGGACAUAUUGGGUCAAAAGACUGUGAUUGGAAUCUUGGCUUCAUGAUGAGUUAUAAGUUUAUAAAGCCGAACAUGUACAGGUUUUCUAAGUGCUGCCAGCGAGAAGUUAUGAAUUUUUACAACCGACCAGAAUACCGGUGUCUUCGUGUGAAGAACAGCCUACAAACCAAGAUAUAUUCUUCCAAACUCCCUGGUGCCGUCUCAAGUCGUCAAACAUAUUGUGAGAAAGUUUAUGGGCAGUACAGCAGCUACAUUAAAGCAGACAUGGAUUACCCGACGAAAGGGUGCAUCGUGAAGUGCUUUAUAAGCAGAAAAUGGGACAACAUGCUGAUGUCUGCAGUCGAUGGCGUGCAAUGUGACACAGGAAAGGUGUGCAUUCUUGGUAAUUGCACUUCUAAAGCCGAAUUGAAGAAAUUGGAAUGAUUUAGUAAAGAACCAAUCAUUUAUCGAUUUACUCUGAACCAGGUGCAUUGAGGUCAUAGACAUACUAAACGCACCUGUUUCUCUUCAUUAAAUAAUAAAAUUGAGAAGUAGCUUGGAAGGGAGCUGAUUCUCUCA